CUCUUGUGCUGUCCACUUUCCAUACAUCUCCAUCACCUUCCAGCUCCCUGAUCCAACUGGGCUGGCCAUGGGGAUGGGAUUGGGGCAGGUGAUGCUUGUGCUGUUGGCUGCCUGCACCGUGAUACCUGCAAAGGACCCGUUGCUGAACAUCUGUAUGGAUGCCAAACACCACAAAACCAAGCCUGGCCCGGAGGGGAAGCUGCAUGACCAGUGUUCUCCCUGGAAGGACAAUGCCUGCUGCACAGCCAACACCAGCUCAGAAGCCCACAAGGACCAAUCCAACCUGUACAACUUCAACUGGAACCACUGUGGGGUGAUGCCACCCAAGUGCAAGCGCCACUUCAUCCAGGACACGUGCUUGUACGAGUGCUCGCCCAACCUGGGGCCCUGGAUUGACCAGGUUGACAGCAGCUGGCGUCGGGAGAGGAUUCUUCACGUGCCCCUCUGCAAAGAGGACUGCGAGGAGUGGUGGGAGGACUGCAAGGACUAUCUCACGUGCAAAGAGAACUGGCACAAGGGCUGGAACUGGGCAACAGGAACGAACCGCUGUCCUUGGGGCUCCAUGUGCAGACCCUUCAGUGAAGUCUUCCCCCGACCAAAAGAUCUGUGUGAGAAAAUCUGGUCGAACUCCUACAAAUACACCACAGAGCACCGGGGCAGCGGGCGCUGCAUCCAGAUGUGGUUUGACCCUGCCCAGGGAAACCCCAAUGUGCUUGUGGCGAAGUUCUAUGCUUGGAAAAAGAGAAACUCCCCUGCUGAGAUGGAGAACAUGACUCCUGAGGCGGACAAAGCCGUGUGUGCUCUGCUGUGGUCUGUCCUGGUUCUGUUGCCCCUGGCCCUUGUGAUGCUCCCUUGAGGGAUCCAAGGGGCUGUGAAUCCCACAGAUGAAGGUACCUGACUUGCCCUUCUCCUGCAAGAGGAGCUGGCAUAAAUAACGUUAGGUCUGUCUGCUCAAACAGGUCACACACCCCAGUAAGCGCUCUGCAUGAGUUUUGUUGGUGGACCUUGAUGUCUGCCUUGACUUCCAGCUGCUGACAAAGGCAGGUAUUUCCAUUCUGUCCCAGGAAGGGCCAUACCCUGUGUCUCUGCUCCAAUGUAGGAGGUCCUCCACUUCUGUUCCCACCUCCUGGUUGUCUGUUGGGUCAGCAGUGCUUGCUCAAGGUCCUCAGCUGAGCUCUGGUGUCUGGUC